AUGAAAUGGACUGUCGCUCUUUCCCUAGCCAAGAUUGCACCUGAGGAUGUCUCUGCUGGCCUUACUGUUAUAUACGGAUUCGCACCACGAUUAAAAUUGGGCAACGAUCAUCGCGUGGGAUUCGGUUUUCGAUUCGGCAACCACGCGGACUUUCAGAUCCUCUACGAGUUCGGGCCCCAAACCGUCACGAAAACUCCCUAUUCAGCUAACAAAACACGAGCUGCAAGUUAUCGUCAGCCUUCGAGGAAGCCUCGUCGUCGACCCUUCAUAGAGCUGUUACUACGUACGGGUUUGCUGCGAGAAGUUAAACAAGUUGAAAGCUCACAUAACACAGUCCGCUUCAACGAUAUAAAAAACCCG